UCUAACACUACAGAUAUUCAACGCCGAUUCAAUCUGGCAGAUACUUUACAAAAGAGACAUAAAAGCCAAAGUUAGCCUGGAGGAAAAGGAGAAGGCUAGGGUCUAUGGUUGGAAGCAGCUGUACAAAGAUAGACAAAUGCAGACGUCUAUGAAAGAUCAAAAAAAUCUUCGAAUUCCGAUUAAACUUACAAAUGAUGUAGUAAAAACUAAUAAAUUAUUACUGCGACCCACACAUACACACACAAACACCAACGAUGCGUCUAAAUCUAUCUCGAAAACAACUUCAAUCACAAAUAUCAUACCGAAGAAACGCACACAGUCUUCCAGCAUAAAUCUCAUAACAAUUCCACUUCCCAAAACGAUGUCCGAUACUCGAUUUCAGACAAAUAUAAAGAAUGAGAAAUUAAUUCCACAAAAAAGAAAUGUGGGAAAUGCUAGUUCUGCAUUUAACGUAAAUGAGAAAAAUGUUAAAAAGGAAAAUUUCAUUGCAUCGAAAACAACUAUAAAACGGGAAGCUAAAAAUCUUUCCAAAUGUGACAAAUUAUCUGACAAACAACAGAAUAAAUCGGAAAAGUAUUUUAAUAAAAUCGAUAAUACCAGCAAUAGAAAAUCAAUAGCAUUAUCACAAGAAAGCAAAUUAAAAUCCAAUACUUCUAAAAUGUUUUUUUCUAAGAACACUGUGGAAAAUGCCAAAUCUUCUUCAGAUUUAACGCAAAAUCCUCAUAACAAAACUCGAUUAAAGACGAAGACCAAGCCUAAGAAAAAGAUAACCGCGACUAAGUCUGAAAUAUUUAAUACCGAUGAAGCGUUGUCGGACAAUCCUUUCAUAGUUGAAGAUAGCAAUUUCGACCUGGCUGAUCUAAUCGAAGCGAGCUUGAAAAACAUGCGAAGUCCACGGAGUAUAUUUGAUUAUGAUUUUAGUUGCAUACAGCAAUUGGAUACAACAAGAAAGGACGCUUUGAAGAUUAGAAACGAAAUUCAGAGCAUCGAUAAGUUGAAACAACUAAAAUCUCCCCGAAACAGCGUCAUCACGAAUAACUUUUCUAACAAAAUGAUACGAGGUGGUGAAAUUCUCGAGAAACUUUCGGAAAGAUCUGAAUCCUUUUAUGAAACAUCUACCGAGUCUCUUGUAAAUGAUAAAAAAUCGGUACCAGAUGGAGACAAUAAACCCUUAUUAUUAUCCGGAAAAUAUAUGAAAGCUCGGGCAGACCUUCAACAGUCUUUAGAUUGGAGACGAAAUUUUUCAGUAGCUCCUGAAGAUCGAUGGGAGUCAUAUUCAGCCGUAAACUUUCAAAAUAAAUCUCUUAAUACCAAAAAUGUCGAUAAUAGUGAUGAGAAGUCUCCUAUUUCUCGAGGACUAUCAAGAACUCCUUCCCUUUUAAAAAUUUCAAACGGUUUGGAAAGUAGAAAGAAUAUUUUUGCGCAUAAUUCUAAAAUUGUCAAAUAAUAUCUACGAAAAUCUGAGAAAACAUUGAAAUCAAUCUAAAAAUAAUUGACUUUUUUUAUAUAAUUUUCAGAAUUUAGAAAAUUCUUAUAUAUUAUGUGCCAAUAAUGGUAAAAAAUAUUUGAGAGCUAUUAUUGAAAAUAAAUGCUAUUUACAAAUGCAUAGAAUAUUUUCAAAUUAUCAUAAAGGAUGACAAAUAAAUCGAUUAAUUCUAAAACUUUUUUGCAGAGUUUAGAUU